AUGGCCUCAGAAUUUGCUCGGGACAUUCUUGCUAGCCCCGGUGAACGAAGAGUAAAUGAUAUAGUACACGUUCUCACCGGCGUUGGCUCAUCUACUUCAUUGGCCACAGCAAAGGCCUUUCUCGACAAAGUUAAUGCUCCAUCCACGUGCCUUGCAUAUGGAACCUACAAUGAUCUGGCAAAGAACCCGGACAUAGAUAUUGUGUACAUUGCAACCCCGCAUUCGCAUCACUUUCAAAACGCAAUGUUGGCUCUGCACUCGGGAAAACAUGUGCUCUGCGAAAAACCAUUGACCGUCAAUGCGGAUCAAGCAAAAUGUUUAUUUGCCUUAGCUGAGAAAAAAAACCGGUUUAUUAUGGAAGGCAUGUGGACACGUUUCCAGCCUAUCGGUACAGAAAUACGCCGACUUCUUGAUGUCCAGGCAGUCGGAAAGAUCACUCGGAUUGUUGCCGACAAUAGUAUAGGAAUGAAUCCUUUGAGAGAUUUUGAUCCUCAAGAUCGUAUGGUGAAUAAGAAUUUGGCUGGUGGAGCUUUACUAGACUUGGGGGUAUAUUCUAUCCAGUGGGUCACACAACAUUUACCCAAAGAGUUACGUCGGCCAGAAGAGGUUCAUUCGGUUGUAUCAAAGCACGCUUCGACGGGGGUGGAUGAGUCUACAGCCAUUAUUCUGAAAUUCCCCGCUUCUGGCUGUGGAGAAUCUGGCGUGAUUGGCAUUGUAAGUGCAAGUUUACGCACAACAGACAGCUACGAUGGCCAGUCUCCGGUGAUCAGAAUUCAAGGCGACAAAGGGGAAAUACAAAUUUUUGGGCCAUCAUGGCGCCCGUCUCAUUUGCAUGUUAUCGAGCGAGAACAGGGAUUUGAGAUGAUAGGAAACCGAGUCCAUGAAUUUAAAAAUCAUAUUCCCAAAGAAAGGUAUGGAUUGGGAUACCAAGCCGACGAAGUGGGUAUUUGUAUACGUGACGGUAAACUACAGUGCCCUCUGAUGUCUUCGGAUGACACCAUCCUUUCUAUGGAGAUCAUGGACAGAGUUCGCCAAAGUCACGGACUUGAAUUUCCGGAAGAGAUUGAGUCUACAACGUAUCCCUUAGCGUUGUCCAUAGCUACACGCUCUCCGUGA